GUGAAGCAGGAGCAGCAGCCGUACCGUCUCCAUCUAAUGCUAGCAGUCAUACCACCGACCUACCGAUUCACUUACCCCACUCACCGCUUUCCUACACAGCACGGAAGAUGGGAUUUGUGAGCACGACUGGGUGGUUUGCAAUUUGCUUGCCAUUCAUUCUACAGACAGCAUUGGGAGUAGUACCCCAGUGCAGGGAGGAACAAUAUCACUAUGAAUAUACUGAAUGUGACAGCACCGGAUCUCGGUGGAGAGUCGCUGUACCCAAUGAAGUGCAAACAUGUAGUGGACUGCCCGAUCCAGAAAAAGGAAAAGAGUGUACUUUUUCAUGUGCUUCUGGAGAAUUUUUGGAUAUUAAGACUCAGCUGUGUAGUAAAUGUGCAGCUGGAACCUACUCACUUGGAACUGGGAUCAAGUUUGAUGAAUGGGACACGAUACCACCUGGCUUUGCCAAUGUUGCAACAUUUAUGGAGACUGCUACCGGCUAUUCUGGAAGCACCUGUAAUAAUUCAUCGUGGACUCCUCGGGGAAAUUACAUUGAGUCAAACAGAGAUGAUUGUACCGUGUCCCUCAUCUACUCUGUUCAUCUGAAGAAAGCUGGCUCGGUGACAUUCGACUAUCAGUACCUUGAUAAUAACAUCUUUUUUGAAUUUUUUGUUCAAAAUGAUCAGUGUCAAGAAACCUUAUCGUCGUCGGACAAAUGGGUUAAACUAUCCGAUAACAGCGACUGGAUGCAUCACUUGGUAUCUUUGAAAUCAGGAACAAACAUCUUGUAUUGGAGAACGACAGGCAUUCUGAUGGGCUCCAAGGUGGUUAAACCUGUCCUGAUAAAAAACAUCACGAUAGAAGGAGUUGCAUAUACAUCAGAGUGUUUUCCAUGCAAACCUGGUACCUACAGUGGUGAACCAGGAUCAUCCCUUUGCAAGAUAUGUCCCAGGGACACUUAUUCAGAUAGGGAAGCCAAAACAUGCACGGCAUGCAAUAAUGGCACUGAAUACUCAGAUGAAGGGUCCAGUAAAUGUAUUGCUAGACCCCCUUGUACAAACAAGGAUUUUUUCCAAACACAUACACCGUGUGACAGCGAAGGAAAGACUCAGAUUUUAUACAAAUGGAUAAAACCAAAGAUUUGCAGAGAUGAUCUUCCGAAUGCAAUCAAGCUUCCAGCAUCUGGGACCAAGGAAGAUUGUCCACCUUGCAAUCCAGGAUUUUACAGCAAUGGGACAAAUGGCUGUUUUCCCUGUCCCGCAGGAACCAUUUCCGAUGGAAUGCAGGAGUGUAAACCGUGCCCUGCUGGAACAGAACCUAUUGUAGGAUUUGAAUACAAGUGGUGGAACAUCCUACCUGCAAAUAUGAAGACUUCCUGCUUUAAUGUUGGAAAUUCCAAAUGUGAUGGAAUGAAUGGUUGGGAAGUUGCCGGAGAUCAUGUUCAGAGUGGAUCAGGUGGCUCGGACAAUGACUAUUUACUGCUUAAUUUACACAUUUCAGGAUUCAAACCUCCUACCUCAGUAACUGGAUCAGAUGGGGAGCUGGGAAGAAUAUCUUUUGUAUUUGAAACUAUUUGUUCUGCAGACUGUGUGCUAUAUUUCAUGCUGGAUGUAAACAGAAAGACUACAAGUGUAGCAGAAUCGUGGGGAGGAAGUCGAGAUAAACAAUCCUAUACACAUAUCAUUUCCAAAAAUGCCACCUACAUGUUCACAUGGGCUUUCCAGAGGACAAAUCAAAAUAUUGAAAGUCGCCGUUUUGUAAAUGAUAUUGUAAGGAUCUAUUCUAUUACUGUCACCAAUGCUGUGGAUGGGGUCUCCUCACAUUGCCAAGCUUGUGCACUGGGCUCACAACAGCUUGGUUCAUCAUGUGUACCUUGCCCCCCAGGUCAUUACAUUGACAAGGAAAGCAGCAUGUGUAAAGAAUGUCCUCCCAAUACUUACCUGUCUGCCCACCAAGUGUAUGGGCAAGAGGCCUGUGUUCCAUGUGGUCCUGGAAGUAGAAGCAAUAAGGAUCAUUCGGGCUGUUUCAGUGACUGCUCUCUGUUGCAUGAGAAUGAAAAUCGAACCUUUACUUACAAUUUCCAAAAUCUCACUGGGGUAGCGACCCUCCUUAAUGGACCAAGCUUUACAUCCAAAGGAACAAAGUAUUUCCACGUUUUCAACAUCAGUUUGUGUGGAAAUGGGGGAGAAAAGAUGGCAGUUUGCACUGACAAUAUUACUGAUGUCACAGCGAAAGACAUGGAAGCAGAAUCAGAAGACUAUUCCAAUUUUGUAAAGACGUUUGUCUGCCAAUCCACCAUCAUUCCAUCAGACAGCAAGAGUUUCCGAACGGCACUGUCAUCACAGUCAGUCAGCUUGGCUGAUACAUUUAUGGGGUCUACAAUCAACACAUCUCUUGAUGGAAUCAGUAUUAAAGCAGAUAUGUUUCCAGCUCCCAAAAAGUUACCUGAUGUACAUUUCUUUUACAAAUCCACUUCAGUUACUUCAUCAUGUGAAAAAGGACGUGCAACUGUCAUAUCCUUAAGAUGCAACCCUGCAAAGACUGGCCAAGGGGAUAUCUUGGUGCCCAGCCAGUGCCCUGCAGGUACGUGUGAUGGCUGCACAUUCUAUUUUCUUUGGGAGACGGCUGAGGCUUGUCCUCUUUGCACAGAAAAUGACUAUCAGAAAAUAGAAGGGGCUUGUAAAGAAGGACAACAGGAAACACAUUAUGUGUGGAACGAGCCCAAGUUAUGCAAUAAAGGAGUUCCUCUCCCGGACAAAAGAGCAUCUACCUGCGAAUCCAUCGAUUUCUGGCUCAAAGUUGGAGCAGGUGUGGGAGCAUUCACAGCUGUUCUACUUAUAGCACUAACCUGCUACUUCUGGAAGAAGAAUCAGAAGCUGGAGUACAAAUAUUCCAAGCUUAUAAUGACUGCUAAUUCCAAGGAGUGUGAACUUCCUGCUCCAGAUAGUUGCGCUAUUAUGGAAGGUGAAGAUAAUGAAGAUGAUGUUGUCUAUACCAGUAAACAGUCAUUACUGGGAAAGUUGAAGUCCCUGGCUACAAAGGAAAAAGGACACAAUUUUGAGUCUGUUCAGCUGAAAUCCUCCCGACCACAACAUAUAUGAACUCCAGACAUGCCUCUUAGACACGGAAUAAUGGUUUUUUUUUUCUAGGAAAAACCUAAAACAAAAACUAAACCUAUAUAUUGAAACAAGAAAACUUUUUUGUGGUACCUGGAAUGAUCGAUGAGGCAUCAAAUUGAGAAAUGAAAUGUGUGGCUGCCUUAUUGUGUGAUUUUUGCCAAAAAUUGAAUAUUCAUUUGGAUUUCACGUUUAACUCAGGAAGAGAAAAUUCAUGCAGAAAUAUUUAUUCCAAUGUGCACUGCUUGUGCAUGCUCAUAUCUUGCAUCUUUUAUAUAUGCGACACAUCAAGCACACAUGCCAAUCUAACAUUAGGUAGUCCUUUAAAGGAAACCUUGUACAUGCUCCACUAUUUAUGAACGUGUUUAAAAAAUUGGAAAUGUACAAUACAUCCUGGUGUAGGUGGAAAUAUGUUUAAGCGUUUAAGCAGAGGCAAUCACACUCAUUAAAAAAUUGUGGGUUAUUUAUAAAGACAAUUGUUAGAUUAGUUCCUAAAAGCAGACCAAUCAACAGCAAUAUUGAAUUGGAUUUCUUGGGGAUUGCUCUACUUGUAGAAUUGCUUUUUUUUUUUUUUUUUUAUAAAUAACCUGCAGUACAGCAAGCAUUCUGUUCCAACAAUAAUCAAUAAAAAAUAUCUUACAACAGAAAUAUAUAUCAGAAUUAUAAAGGCUGGACUGGGAUAUUUUGGUGCAGAUUGAUGGGAGUUGUGAGUACUAAAUUAUAGUUAGUGGUUGAGGGUAGAAAAUGAGGCAGUGGGUUUGGGGAUAAAGGAUAGAGACAUUAUGGUUAAAAUUAGUCACCAUUAAUAAUGCUCAUCAAUCACAGCUAUACCUUACUGGAGGUAUCAAAUACCUUAGAAUACAAUCGUUCACUGCAAUUUUAAAGAAAUUGUAUAUUGAAUUUCUUUUUACUAUAUGACUAUAAUGUUGUGCCUUAAUGUAAUUUUUUUUAAUUGCCAAGAUGAGAACUUUGUGACCAAGUUUUCUAGAUGUGGAAACUAAGAGGCUGAUUCACUAAGGAGUAAAUUGUGGUUUAAGAACCAGGUUUGCAAAAUUAAGGCUAAAAUAAUAAAUCUAACAUCUCCAAUUCUCUUAUAUUUGCACCCGGUCUGUUUGCUGUGAUUUUCGUAAGUUCAGUUGACUGCAAUUUUCUGUUUAUUCAGUAAUCCCAUAUGUAUGCUUUAUUGGCAGCAGAGUGGAAUUUAGAUUUAUUUACAUACUGAGCUCGUAUUGGAGUGGCCAGACUUACUUUACACUAUACAAUAGCUGACACAAAUCAAAAUUCAGGAACUGGAAUAGAGAAAACAAUGAAAGAUCAUUUGAAAAAAUGUUAAGGCAUCAUACUAAUUUUCCGACCACUGUAAUAAAAAAGUGUAAUUGUUGUCUUCUAAAAUGUAUGCAUGGGGUAGACUUUACUCAUUCGUUAGCUUUUUAAAAUAAACGUUUGCCUCUGCCACAGCUAUGUAGUCAUUUUGUGAAGAGCAUUUGGGCCUCUCUGCAAAAAUAACUGCUUUAAAUUUUAGUUAUAUUUUUCAUUCAAUUCUCUGUUUGUGUACCCCAUUUUGAUGCUGGGAGCCCGUGUUUCAUCUGCUUCAUGAAUCAGAAGCCUGAUUAAGGAGACCUGAUGUAUAAAUGCUAAAUUUGUCAUCAUUUCUUAUGGCAUAGAAAAUUAGAAUGCAAGCUGUUUGGUCAGUGAUAAAUUCUGCAUACAGAUAUCUUGCCUUAAAACUACUAGUUAAACAUAACAUUCCUUGGUCAAGAUAGUGGAGCUUACCUUAGGCCCCACCCUUUAUCAAGAUUGUCGAGUGUAGGAAAAACACAUAAGAGAAAAUAGUCCCUACUUUAUCUUAUGUUUUAAAUAGAAAUAGAUUGGAAAAGAAGAACAGAUUCUGAAAGAGGAAGAGAAGAGGAAACGAUAGGAGAAAGGCAUGUUUGAGGUGACAUAGACACUUUAAAUCCUAAUUUCUUGUGGUGGGAAAUUCCCUUUUAUUAAUAUGUGUAAUCAAAUUGUAAAAAAACAAACAUUUUUUAAUAUACAUAUACAUUUAAUAGGAUGACAAAUGAAUGGGAUGUUUUUUUCAUUGUUUGAUAAAACUAAGUUACCCAAAUAAUUUUUUUUUAUCACAUUUUUAAAAUUACAUUUUCUUAUAUUAAUUAGCAAAAUAUAUGUUCUGCACAAUAUUAAACCUGCCCCUUUUUUCCUAUUGCAACACAGUAUGGUGCUGUAGCAUAUCAUGGCAUAAGCAUUCUUCUGUAGGAACUCCCCCCCCCAAAAAAAUCUAAAUUUGAAGCCACACAUGCUGAAUCAGUACUUUAACAGAGACCAUUUUUUGAUAAUGCAAUUGUUUACAACAAAUUAGUGUAUAGCAAUCAGCAUCUUACUAUUCAUUCAAGAAAUAUUUGGAUUUUUUUUACCAAGAAAGGUCAGAAGCAGAAUUUUAUAAUUUAUGUACAUGAAAAAAAAAGUGUUGCAAUGGAUGUACAUUUUAUUACUACAUUUUAGACUUGUGUUUUUUGAAUUGAUUUCAUUGGAUUUCCUUGAAUAGAUACUGCUA